UGGCUUAGGCAGUGCAGCACGCUGCAGGCAGGAUGAUUAUUAAACAAAUGGACGGUGUAGGCUGGCUGUGAAUAUUUGAUAUUUCGUCUAAGAACCGGUUGAGACCGGUUUCUGUAGCUGCCUAGUGGUACCCUGUUAGAACGUGGUGUUGUUUCUUCUUCUUCUUCUCCUCACAUAUUCAAGGUGUUUCUUUCUGUCCCCUUCCAUUAUCUGUAUCCCAGUAACAGCCAUGGACUGUAUUCAGGUGACCCUUACUGUCAGAGGAACUACAUCAUUUGGUGAGGUGAUAGCAGUAGUUGGAAGCUGCGAGACUCUCGGCAGUUGGUGUCAUCAGAAAGCGCUGCCUCUACAACCCACAGAGGAGGAUGGCAAUCUAUGGAAAAGAUCCAUCACCGUUUCAAAGGGAGUAGAAAUCAAGUAUCGCUAUUUUAAGGGGUUCUUCCUGGAAGCGAAGACUGCAGGUGGUCCAUGUCAAGUCAUAGUCAAUAAUUGGGAGACCCAUCAGCAGCCUCGGUCAUUGAGUUCCUCAGAAUCGGACCAUGUAAUUGAUGACGGGCAGUUUGGAUUCUUUAAUGGUGUUGAAUGUGUGGACUCUGGCUGGCUGACAUGUCAGACAGAGAUCCGUCUACGUCUCCAUUACUCUGUAAAGCCACCAGUGUCCAUUACCAAGAAGAAAUUCAAGACCUCUCGCUUUAGACUGAAAUUGAUGCUGGAGGGUAUUGAAGAGGAAGAUGAUUAUGAUGAGAGCCCUUCAUCCUGGCACAAGAUGACCACCACACUAGAGAUUAGUAUGAUCAGUGAUGGUUGCUAUAAGUCCCGUCACUCCCAGCCAGAGUGUGGUUACGCUCUGGAGCCAUCGCAGUGGACUGAGUACAGUAUUCACACUAUGGAACCUGACAACCUUGAGCUUGUGUUUGAGUUUUUUGAGGAGGAUCUAAGUGAAAAGGUCGUUCAAAGUGACGUCCACCCAGGUCAUGUUGGCACUGCCUGCCUCUUAUCAUCUUCCUUUCUGGAAAAUGGCAAAGAUAGUGGAGUGGUUACCCUCCCAAUCAUGGGCAGAAAUUCCAGGCAGACCAUUGGCAAAGUCAGAGUGGACUACCUGGUUAUUCGGCCUAUUCGAGGCUUUAAAUGUGACAUGAGCCAGUGUUACACUAAGUACUGGCGAAAGAGGAGUGCGCUGGAUGUGGGCCACAGAGGAGCAGGGAGCACCCAUGCUGCCAAACAUCACAAGAUCAGUGAAAACACAAUUGCCUCAUUUCUAAGUGCUGCUAGUCAUGGUGCUGCCUAUGUGGAAUUUGAUGUCCAUCUGUCCAAAGACUUGGUUCCAAUUGUGUACCAUGAUCUUACAUGCUGUAUCUCCACUAAGAAGAAAAAUGACAAGAAUUCUAUGAUGUUGUUUGAAGUUCCUGUGAAAGAUCUGACAUUUGACCAGCUUCAGCUUCUUAAACUUGCCCAUUCUACAGCUAUGAAGGUUCAUGAUCACAAAGAUUUACAGGAUGAAGAGGAGUAUAUAGAUGAACAUCAGCCAUUUCCUUCACUUUCUCAGAUCUUUCAAACUGUUCCAGACCAUGUAGGAUUUAACAUUGAGCUGAAAUGGAUAGCCCAGAUGAAGGAUGGCUCCUGGGAUGGAAACUUGUCCACUUACUUCAACAUGAACCAGUACCUGGAUGUCAUCCUCAACUGUGUGCUUCAAAAUGGCGGAAAAAGAAGGAUCGUCUUCUCUUGUUUUGACCCUGAUGUGUGUGCAAUGGUACGGCGGAAGCAGAACAAAUAUCCGAUCCUGUUUCUGACUCAGGGUGUGUCAGAGGUUUACCCUCAGCUGAUGGAUAUACGCUGUCGGACAACACAGAUUGCCAUGAGCUUUGCUCAGAGUGAGAACAUCCUGGGUAUCAGUGCUCACACUGAGGAUCUGCUGCGCAACAUGGACUGCAUUACAGAGGCCCAGUCCAAAGGCCUGGUGGUUUUCUGCUGGGGAGAUGACAACAAUGACCAUGAGAACAGGAGGAUACUCAGGGAGAAGGGCAUUGAUGGCCUCAUUUAUGACAGAAUCUGUGACAAUCCAGUUGAGCAGCUCAACAUCUUUAAAGUAGAAGAGCAAGUGUCUAUAAAAGAGGUGAUUCCUGAGGAGACGCUGAAGAGUUGCGCUUGCUCCACAUUCAGUAUGCCUUGCUCAGGUGAGGUUUGCGCGGGCAGCGGCGAGUCAGACUCGGGGCUCAGCUCAUCUUGAACUUGCCACACUCCAUCCUUUUUAUAGCACAAUAAAAAGUGCGCACACAUACGCACAUGCACCUUCUCCCUGGGUGGUUUUCACCGAAGCAAUGGUUUUUUUGCCUAAUAAUGGUAUGUGCUUAAUCACUAGACCCUGAAAAGUAUCAUAUUAAAGAAAAUCAAGUAUGUGUACACUACCGUUCAAAAGUUUGGGGUCACCCAGACAAUUUUGUAUUUUCCAUGAAAAGUCACACUUUUAUUUACCACCAUAAGUAUUUAAAAUGAAUAGAAAAUAUAGUCAAGACAUUUUUCUGGCCAUUUUGAGCAUUUAAUCGACCCCACAAAUGUGAUGCUCUAGAAAGUCAAUCUGCUCAAAGGAAGGUCAGUUUUAUAGCUUCUCUAAAGAGCUCAACUGUUUUCAGCUGUGCUAACAUGAUUGUACAAGGGUUUUCUAAUCAUCCAUUAGCCUUCUGAGGCAAUGAGCAAACACAUUGUACCAUUAGAACACUGGAGUGAUAGUUGCUGGAAAUGGGCCUAUGUAGAUAUUGCACCAAAAACCAGCUAGAAUAGUCAUUUACCACAUUAGCAAUGUAUAGAGUGUAUUUCUGAUUAGUUUAAAGUGAUCUUCAUUGAAAAGAACAGUGCUUUUCUUUCAAAAAUAAGGAAAUUUCAAAGUGACGCCAAAUUUUUGAACGGUAGUGUAUAUACAUAGGCUUUCCUGAUGCAUUUACUCAACAUGUUGUAAAUGCAAGUGCUUUUAUAUGAUUAUAUUAUUGCUUUUAUAUGACUUUUUUUAUAUUACAGCAUUGCCCUGUGAUAUUUUCUCCUCCCUUUCAGUGUAAUACCAUCGUCACGGUAUUGGUUGCCAUAUUUAAUUAUUUUAAGGUGUUUCAUUCCUGCCUGUAUUUUAAAUAUUUAACAUUUGUUUACUAAAAUGUGUAUUACAACAUUGUAAACUUAAAUUAUGACUGACUGAGUGUCACAUUUUAAACAUGUAUAAAGCUCACUAAAACACUUUGGCCUUUUACAUGUUACAGAAUCAUUGCAAAAAUAUGUGCUAAAUAUAGUAUCGUGUAUUGUAGAAAUCUAAUCAGAAAUCCUAUUCAAAACGUACCAAAGUGUUUUUGAGAGCUUUGAAGUAAAAAGUAAAAUUACGAAGGAUGCCAAACAUACUAAUGUACAAAACAUGUAAAUGUUAAGAAGUAAAAUAAAAAGCCUAAUGUUGAAGAAUCAUAUAAAAGUAAACAUCUGGCUCCAGUGCCAUUUGAAGUAGUUGAGAAAAUGCUGUGUACUCUGUUUAUCAUGCUCCUGAACACUGCUGCUGUAAAUCUCUGUGCUGAAUGUUAAGCAUGGCUCUAUGUCGGAAGUCUUCUGCUCAAGUAGAGGCCUUAAUAUUUCUUCUACUCUGCAGAUGUGUCUUAAACAUGCUCCACAGAACUCAAAACUCUGAGCUGACUGGGUCGUUGCACUGGGUAAUUUACAAACAAUUGUAAAGUGUUUUUAUACAUACAAAAGCUAACUUUGCUUUAAACACCAUCACAGUUCCUGAUCCACAUAUCGAAGUGUGUGAGAGACAUUGAUAUUUCCAUAGGGUCUUUGUCCUCAAAGCCAAAAGAAAACCCACUGAGCAAAUCCUGUUUAUUUGCUGUAUUUUCUAAUGUUGAAGGCUUUUGGGGAAAUAAAACCUUUUCAGGAACAUAA